GGCCUACAUUUCCCAUAAUGCUCUCCCUCUUUCCUGGGGAAGCAAUGGCCGAUAAAGAGAAGGUUCCACGUGUCCCCGAAACUCUCCUCAAGAAGAGGAAGAGUUUAGAACAGUUGAAGGCUGCUAGGGCGAAAGCACAACUAGCGCAGAAAAAGGUGCGCAGAGAAAAACGCAAGGAAAUCUUUAAGAGAGCUGAGAAAUAUGUGAAAGAAUACCGCCAGCAAGAAAAAGAUGAGAUCCGAAUGAAACGUAUGGCGAGAAAGCAUGCAAACUUCUAUGUCCCUGCUGAAGCCAAGCUUGCUUUUGUUGUCCGUAUCAGAGGUAUUAAUGGCGUGAGCCCUAAAGUCAGAAAAAUCCUUCAGUUGUUCCGUCUGCUUCAGAUCCACAAUGGCGUUUUUAUUAAGCUGAACAAGGCCACUAUGAACAUGCUGCGAGUCGUGCAACCUUAUGUUGCCUAUGGUUAUCCCAAUCUGAAGAGUGUGCGUGAGUUGAUCUACAAACGUGGUCAUGGCAAAAUCAGAAAACAGCGCAUUGCCAUUACAGACAACUCCAUCAUUGAACAGCAACUUGGAAAGUUUGGCAUAAUCUGUGUGGAGGACCUCAUUCAUGAGAUCUAUUCUGUUGGUGAGCAUUUUAAGGAGGCUAACAACUUUCUAUGGCCAUUCAAGCUCAGCUCUCCGAAGGGUGGUUUCCGUAAGAUGACCACACACUUUGUCGAGGGAGGUGAUCAUGGAAACCGUGAAGACAAGAUCAAUCAGCUCAUUCGCAAGAUGAACUAAAGCCCUGUGUAGAAUAAAGCGAAAUAAAAUGAUGUUUCCAUCAACCUUCUUGAGUAAACUAAUAAAAUUGUCAAAAAUA